AUGCGAUGGCACGAGGAGGGACGUACAAAAGAUGGAUUGCUACGGCACCCUGCUGAUGGUGAGGCUUGGAAAGAUUUUAGUGCUCGUUUUCCUAGUUUUUCUGCUGAUGCCCGUAAUGUGCGGCUUGGUCUUGCCAGUGAUGGAUUCAACCCUUUUAGGAAUAUGAGUUCAAAGCAUAGUACUUGGCCAGUGAUGCUUAUUCCUUACAAUCUUCCACCUUGGAUUUGCAUGAAACAAACAUCGCUAAUUUUGUCGAUGAUCAUUCCUGGACCAGAUUCACCUGGGAAUGAUAUAGAUAUAUAUUUGGAGCCACUUGUUGAUGAGCUAUUGCAACUGUGGGAGGGUGUGGAAACAUAUGAUGCUUCUGCAAGGAAGAAAUUUUCUCUCCGAGCUGCACUAUUAUGGACAUUGAAUGAUUUUCCUGCAUUAGCUUACCUAUAUGGUUGGAGCACCGGAGGGAAAUAUGCAUGCCCAUCUUGUGCCACACUUACAAAAUCAUUUCGCCUUAAAAAAGGUGGUAAAUUUUGUUAUAUGGGUCAUCGUCGAUGGUUGCCACGAGAUCACAAAUAUCGAGAAUUGAAUAGUCAGUUUGAUGGCACUGAAGAGAAGGAAAUUGCACCUAAAACAUUGAAUGGAACUUCUGUUUUGAGAAUGCUGGAAGGCAGAGUAUUUGUAUUUGGUAAGAUGGCGAAAAAGAAGGUAAGCGUAGCAAAGAUGGCGAAAAAGAAAAAACAAGCCAAAAACAAAAGUAAUGAGAAAGGGAGCAAUCGGGAACUCAAGCGUAAGAGAAAGACAUGCAAAGAGAAAUCAAGUGAUAACGCAAGUAAGUCUGGAAAGAAACCUGAAGAUUGGUUGAAAAAGAGGUCAAUAUUCUUUAAGCUAGAGUAUUGGGAGUUGAACAAAUUAAGGCACAAUCUAGAUGUGAUGCAUAUAGAGAAAAAUGUGUGUGAUAAUUUAAUUGGAACCCUGUUGGAUAUUAGUUCGAAAACUAAGGAUGAUCUCAAUGCACGACUUGACUUGGUAGAUAUUGGCAUUCGACCAGAACUUCACCCUACAGUAGAUGAUAAAGGAAAGCAAAUAUUGCCACCUGCACCCUUUACUAUGUCAAGAGAAAAUAAGGAGAUUCUAUGUUCAGUAAUUCAGAACAUUAAGACCCCAGAUGGUUAUGCAUCAAAUAUUUCUAGGUGUGUCAACAUGAAAGAUUGCACACUCAAUGGUCUAAAAAGUCAUGACUGUCAUGUUUUACUAGAAGACAUUCUUCCCAUAGCACUUCGAUCAUGUUAUCCUAGUAAAGCUGUCAUGCAUAUAGUUAACGGAUUGGCUCGGUUCUUCAAGAAGUUGUGUUCUAAAGUUAUAGAUGUAUCCGAGCUUGCUGAACUUCAACAGAGUAUUGUGAUGACAUUGUGUGAUAUGGAGAGAGUUUUUCUUCCAUCAUUUUUUACUGUCAUGGUGCAUUUGUUGGUACACUUGGUCGAAGAGGUUAAGUUCGGUGGUCCAGUGCACUACCGCUGGAUGUAUCCUCUAGAGAGAUCAUUUGUUCGGAUAAAGGCACUUGUGCGAAACAGAGCUUACCCAGAAGGUUCAAUUGCUGAAGGUUAUAUUGCAGAAGAGUGCCUGACAUACUGUUCAAGAUUUUUAGAAGGAAGUACACGCUUUACAAGAGCACCUAGAAACCCUGAACCUUCAGAUAAUAUAAAAGACAUUUAUAUGUUUGAGAGUGCUGGUGAACCAAUUGGCAAGGCCAUCACCAUAGGACGGUUUGACAACCAGCUUCUAGUGCAAGCACAUCGAUAUGUCUUGCGACAUUGUGAUGAACUUGAAGACUUUCGCAAAGAAUUUCUUGAUGAAGAGAAAAGAAAACUGCCUCAUACAACUAACUUGAAACAGUCCGACGUCGACAGGUUGAUCAAUAGAAGCUUUGCUGAUUGGUUGGAACAAAAGGUUUUACAAAAUGGUGGAGUAGAUAUCGAUGAAAAGACGAGAGCGUUGGCUGCAAAACCGAACAAAACUGUUGUGUGCUACAGUGGCUAUAUUAUUAAUGGUUUCAGGUUCCACACUAUGAUGCGUGAGGCUGGCCGCUCCACUCAAAACAGCGGCGUAGUUAACAUUGCUGAUGAUGGUGUUAAUUACUAUGGCAGAUUAUCGGACAUCGUAGAAUUGUCAUAUAGAAAAUACAAGGUAGUGCUCUUCAGAUGUGAUUGGUAUGACGUCCAUCAUAAAGCCGGCAUCAAAAAGGAUGAAUUUGAUUUCACCCUUGUGAACUUCUCCCGAAAGAUACAUAGUGGAGAUAAAUUAGAUCAUGAUCCAUUUGUCUUUUCAUCACAAGUGGAACAGGUUUUUUAUGCUGAAGAUGCAAAAGCUAAAGGAUGGCACGUCGUAACGAGAUUUAAGCCCAGAGAUAUUUUUGAUAUGGGUGUGGAACAACAAUCUAAUGAAACAGAGUAGAGGAUGGUUGUGUGCUUUCAGGGAUGCAGUAGCAGGAAAUUAUUUUAUCUUGGACAAUACUGUGUUAAAGCUUGUUUGUUUACCCAUACACUCUGAUUUUACUUUUUAUUUAGCUGCUUGAUUUGAUUGCAUAUAUUUGAAUGAGCAAUGAUGUGAGU